UGGUGGGCUGCCGGUUUCCGACUGAUAGUUUACGCCUCCAUGCAUUUUUUUGCUUCAUGGGAUAGAUGGCAGCGGCAGCGACAAAUGCAUUUCUCUAGGCACAACGGGUUCACCGAAGACAAGAAUUGUUAGGCUUUCUGAUGCGGGCAUAUUGUAUACGAGCAACGAGCAACGGAGGCUAAAUAGGACGGCCCACCCCCAUAUAGUAGAGAGGUCUUAAUUUGUCGUCUUGGGUCCUUUGACAACCGUGGACGGCCCUGCAAGCGUCCAGAUCUCCGUUCCCUCUUAGCUUUGUUGAACGUUCCCCUUUCUCGGUGACAACGACAUCCCUCUUCUUUUAUAUAUAUAUAUAUUUUACACUAAGGAUUGGAUACGAAAUACAUCACAUCGAAACUUACUCGACAGAACCCCCUGAUCUUGUCAAAUAUCCAUCUACCCAAUUGAAGCCAGGAAACACACCCCAACCACAAACACAAGAACCAUGGGCAGCCUCUCCGGCCCGGCAGCCACGGCGCUGCCGUACUGGCAAGUCAACGUCCCCACGGACCGCCGCACAGACGAGUGCCCGGAGGGCCUCCGCAACCUUUCGGCCAAGGACGUCGGCAUCCUGAGCACGCCCGACGGCGCCUACCGCCGGCAGACGUGGACCGAGGUCCGGCGGCUCGUGGAGACGAACCGGCUGGAUCUGUUCCAGCGGGUGCCGAGCGAGCUGAGGCGGUACCGGCUGUUUAUUCAUUUUCUGAUCAAGGAGCACGGGAGUGUGAUGAACUUUGUGCUGAGGCGGCGGCUUGGGUGGGAGGAGGGGCGGUUGGGGGCGACUGGGGGGAAGGGGUUGUUUGAGGAGGAGGCGGAUUAUAGGAUUUUGUAUAAUGAUUGGCCGUAUGGGAUUGAUGGACGGAUUGUGCAUCUUGUUGUUUGGACAAAGUUUGAGUUGGAGGAGAAUCCGGCGACGGGGGAUUUGACGGAGAGGGCGAGGGGGGAGAUUGAUCGGUUUGUGGAGGGGACGUUCCGGGCGAGGACGAAGGCUGAUACUGUCAUUUGGUUCAAGAACUGGCGGAGUCUCAAGUCCGUUCACGCGGUUGAGCAUUUCCAUGUCAUGCUCUUCGACCCGGAUCCCGCGUUCAUUCGGGAGAUUACCAACGGGGAUGUGCCUCAAUGUGAGAAGUUUGAGGCAUGA